AUGGUACAGAACAUGGAGCAGUAGACGAUGACGCUGCGCUCGGGCUGUUGCCGGGCGUUAGCCCUCCGGUUUCUCGUCAUCUGCUUCGUAGUGCAAAGCGUCCAGUCUUCGUGUUCAGGCUGCCUCAACGCUAACGCUUACAAAUGCAACUGCACGGGCCUUAAAGGCAGAUCAGGCAGCACCGGCCUUCCAGGUCUGUCUGCCCCACCUGGAGACUACGGAGACAUCGGUCCUCCCGGUCCCCUAGGUGCCAAGGGCGAAAAAGGAGAAGCCGGAGAGUAUGGAAGUCCAGGCGAACGAGGCUCCAGAGGCGACGAUGGAGAACGAGGUCUGCCUGGAGUGGUUGGACAAUCCGGGUUCCCCGGUGAAUCCGGAUUCAGAGGUCCUCAAGGUUUAGACGGCUGCAAUGGAACCGACGGCGCUCAAGGUGUCCAGGGAAUGACUGGUCGCCCGGGUUCUAGAGGCCUACCAGGUUCUGAAGGUUUGCAGGGUCCUCGGGGAGAACCGGGAGCAGGAGGUGGUAAUUCUAUAGGCACAAAGGGUGAUCGCGGCGACAGCGCGUUUGAUGGUCCCCCGGGUUUGCCCGGUUUUAGAGGUCCUCCGGGACCUCCUGGGCCCCAGGGAGCGCCUGGAUUUCCGGGGAUUGUCGGAGAACAAGGUCUGUGGGGACCAACAGGUGAUCAGGGUGAUUCGACCAGAGGCGACAGGGGACCAGGUGGUGACCAAGGUGAUUUAGGAGACGCUGGAGAACCUGGAGAAAAUCCUGAUCCACAACCUCUGGAACCGCAACCACCGAGAUAUGAUUUAAAAGGUCUACCCGGAUAUCCAGGUCCCAAGGGUAACGACGGACCGAGAGGACCAAAAGGAAUUCCCGGAGAAAGAGGAUUUCCGGGACUGACUGGACGAAAAGGAGAGCGAGGCUAUAAAGGAGAACAAGGCGAUGAUGGCCCUAGAGGAAAACAGGGUCGUUUAGGUCCCGAAGGACCUGCGGGAGAAAAAGGUGACAAAGGUGCCCCUGGUUACGCAGGAAAUCCUGGUUUCGACGGAGAAAAAGGAGAGAGGGGUGAAGAUGGUAAUCGCGGCACUCCUGGUUUCCAAGGUACUGCUGGACCCCCUGGAGUAUACGAUCCGUUUUUGGAUAGAGUAGUUGAUGGUCCGCUUGGAAUACAAGGUCCUGAAGGACCCGUAGGGGACAGAGGAAUGAGUGGUAUUCCUGGUCGUCCGGGACAAGCGGGUCCUAUUGGUCCGCCUGGAGUCCCGGGACCACCAGGGCAUCCGGGGCUUGCAGGACCUAAAGGCUUGACAAUUAAAGGCGAAAGAGGUGCAGAUGGAUUACCGGGAAGACCAGGCAACACAGGACCAUUGGGCGCCCCGGGAGCUACGGGUGUUGUAGGCGAAAAAGGUCUUGCUGGAGAAAAUGUUAUUGGACCACAAGGUGAACCGGGAUAUCCCGGAGUGCCCGGAUUUAGAGGAUCGAGAGGAGAGCGGGGUGACGUUGGGUACACUGGGCCGAAAGGUUAUCCAGGAGUGGGUGUCCCAAUAAGAGGACCUCCAGGUGAAACGGGUGUUCGAGGUCCACCAGGAACACCAGGUGAUGCUGGAUUGCCAGGAUACGAUGGAGUUCCUGGUCUGAAGGGAAAAAGAGGAGAUGAUUGUGGCGUUUGCAGAGCAGGUUUUCCUGGUCUGAAAGGUGAACGAGGUGAUCCUGCUCGAAAUGGUCGCCCGGGUCCUCUUGGUUAUCCAGGGCUAACAGGACCCCGAGGGCCACAGGGUCCUCCUGGGAAGGAAGGCCAAGAGGGUGAACCAGGACUCGAUGGUACUCCAGGUACUCUUGGAAUUCAGGGACCUCCUGGACCAAAAGGUCAAAAGGGCAGACUUAUAUAUCCCAGUGAAGAGCAUGUUAAGCCAGAACCCGGAGACUUCGGUGAUUUUGGAUUUCCUGGUUUAAUGGGGCCUGAUGGAGAUGUAGGGCAGAGAGGAUUUCCAGGAAUACCAGGACGAUCUGGACCGAAAGGUGAAAGAGGAGCUAUCGGUAAUCCUGGAGGGCCAGGUCGUGAUGGAUUGCCCGGGCCAGAUGGUUGGGUGGGCCAAAAGGGAGACCACGCACCAAUUCCAAAAGAGUAUCUCACCGGAGAUACCGGACUAACCGGCUAUCCUGGAAUUAAAGGUGAUUGGGGAGAACCUGGUUUACCUGGGUUUCCAGGUGAUGCAUUAGAUUCGUUCGCGGAUCUUAAAGGUGAUCCAGGCCUCAAAGGAGAACCGGGAGACAGAGGUUUCGAUGGUCUGUUUGGUUUCAAAGGACAAAAAGGAGAAUUGGGGUACGCAGGCCUGCCUGGCUACCCUGGUCCUCCAGGAAUAAGUUUUGCGGGUCCAGAAGGUCUAAAAGGAUACCCUGGAAUACCGGGUGAUCAAGGACCUCGAGGACCCGCCGGUCAACCUGGUAUAUCUGGACGUGACGGUAUUCCUGGUGGUCCGGGGAUGAAAGGUAAUCGAGGGGAACCAGGUCAGCGUAUUCUGAACGGAGAUAUAGGACUGCAAGGCUCAGCAGGGCAAAAAGGUGAACCUGGAGAUUUCGGUCCUGACGGAUACCCAGGAAUUCCGGGAACACCAGGGGUCAAAGGUGUAAGAGGCCCAAAGGGAGCACCUGGUUACACAGGUCUUCAUGGUCAAGCUGGGGCCAAAGGUAUCCAAGGUGUUAUGCGACCCGGAUUCCCUGGGAGACCGGGAAGUCCAGGUUUGAUUGGUCGUCCUGGAAUGUUCGGAGAUAUCGGGGUGAAAGGUGACAGUGGAAUACCGGGAGGACUUGGUUACAAUGGUAUGAAAGGUGAACCUGGUCGAUGGGGAGCACGUGGAGAGCCUGGAGAUCAAGGAAUCGAUGGAUUCCCGGGUCACAGCGGAAGAGGGGGCUUAUCAGGUAGACCAGGUCUGCAGGGAGAGAGAGGUGACAUCGGAUUUCCGGGAUUGAGAGGACCUCCAGGCCCAGGGGGUCUGACUGGGCCACGUGGAGCCAAAGGCGAAAGAGGAAACGCAGGGCCUCAAGGGUUCCCAGGAGAAUCCGGUGUUCCGGGUUUCCCGGGUGCUAGAGGAGACAACGGCUUUCCAGGAGCUAGGGGACUCAAGGGCGACUCAGCUGCCAGCGGUCCUAAAGGAGAAGAUGGAGAACCUGGUUUCUUAGGAGAGCCUGGCUUUGACGGUGUACCUGGAUUACCAGGACUACCCGGUAUACGCGGUGACCGCGGAAUCGAUAUCUUCGGACCCGCUGGCCCCAGAGGAGAUAACGGACUACCAGGAUAUCCAGGGGUAGAUGGAGAACCCGGUUUGAAAGGUGAACGCGGAGAACCCGGAUUUGACGGUCUAACAGGUGCACCUGGCGACCGAGGUGUUCGUGGUGCGCCUGGAACCCCAGGUUGGAAUGGCAUAAACGGCACUAAAGGAGAACGGGGAGAUUCUGGAAAUCCAGGCUUUGUUGGACGUAAAGGCGAACGUGGAAUGGAAGGGGAGCCAGGACGGAUGGGUAGACCAGGGAUGCCGGGUGACAUCGGAUACCCUGGAAUAACGGGACCUCCUGGAAGCCAAGGUCCCAAGGGUAAUCAAGGUUUACCUGGAUUGGCUCCGUUUGGAAUUGGCGAGAAAGGUGACUUUGGUGAAACUGGAAUAUAUGGUUUAGCUGGAAUAAAGGGAAUACGAGGAGAAGAUGGUUAUUAUGGUCCUCCUGGUCUUCAGGGGAUGACUGGUGAUACAGGCGCACCUGGAUUAAGAGGAGAUUCGGGAAUACCGGGUGUUAGAGGCGAAAUUGGUGAUGCAGGAGCAGCUGGAGCGCCCGGAUUGCCGGGACUAAACGCUGAACGAGGCGAAGAUGGACGCAAUGGUUUUCCUGGAAUACCCGGUCGAGCGGGACGUCCUGGCCAGAAAGGUGCUCCUGGAGAAUACGGAAAUGAUGGACCUCCCGGUAUACCGGGUAUACCUGGUCUUAGUUUUGAUGGCGCCAAAGGAGAACCUGGUGAAGUUGGCUAUCCAGGUUUCGCUGGAUCUAUUGGACUUCCAGGUCGAGCUGGCUUACCUGGUUUAGCGGGAAUUACGGGACCAAAAGGAAUGACUGGAGAUGUAGGAAUUGCCGCUUAUAGCUUCAAAGGAGAACGCGGUGAACCCGGUUAUCGAGGAGCACCAGGUUACAACGGUACUAAAGGCGAACGCGGCGAUAGUGGUUUACCCGGUUUACCAGGUAUACCAGGUAGCAAAGGUGCACGAGGUUUCUCCGGCGACAGCGGCCUACCUGGAAUUGAUGGUUUGCCAGGUUUCCCCGGUCAAAAAGGUGAAAUAGGCGACUGGUCAUCCGACGCAUUUCCCGGACCUUUAGGAGACUUAGGAGAACCUGGGUUCGACGGGUUACCUGGUUUCCAAGGAUCGCCUGGACAACCUGGACUGCCAGGUUUGUCGGGACGCAAAGGUAUGGCUGGCGAUGACGGAAAUCCAGGUUUGCCUGGUUUCCACGGACCGAAAGGUAUACGUGGAGAGCCCGGAAUAGCUGGUUUCCCGGGUCUCCAGGGAAGCAGGGGUCCUCCAGGUAUUCGAGGAGAACCUGGGCCGCCGCCACCAAUUCCCAGAAGCAAGGGAUUCCUCUUCGCUAGACAUUCUCAGUCCGAAUUGAUUCCUGUUUGCCCUGCAAAUACCGUGAAGCUGUGGGACGGGUUCUCGUUCUUGCAUAUUUUGUCAAACGAUCAGGCUUUAGGGCAGGAUUUGGGAAGCGCGGCGAGUUGUUUGAGGAAGUUCAACACCAUGCCGUAUUUGUUCUGCAAUUUGAACGACGUGUGCGACUACGCACAGAAUAAUGCGUACAGUUAUUGGUUGUCGACUACCGAGCCGAUGCCGGCGAUGAUGACGCCGAUACCAGCACCAGAGGCUGGACGUUACAUAUCAAGAUGUUCCGUGUGCGAAGCACCCACAAGACUCAUCGCGGUCCACAGCCAAUCGACUACCAUUCCACAGUGUCCUAACGGAUGGGACGAACUUUGGAUCGGCUACAGUUUCCUGAUGCACGUGGAUGCCGGUGCUGAAGGCGCUGGCCAAUCCCUCGUGUCCCCAGGUUCAUGUCUCGAAGAAUUCCGCCCUAAACCCUUCAUCGAGUGCCACGGCCACGGCAGAUGCAACUACUUCACGACGGCCCUUUCCUACUGGCUUGCAACCAUCGAAGACUACGCCAUGUUCCAGAAACCCCGUUCCGAGACCCUCAAAGCUGGUUCUUUGACCACGAGGGUCAGCAGAUGCGCUGUGUGCAUAAGACGCAGGUACAAUUUGCGCGGGACGGCAGUGGUACCUCCCAGUGAAAGUAGAAGAAUCCCGGCGCCUGCACCACCACCACCAAGACCCACGUACUACAACAGACAACAGUACCCCUACUACCCUCAACCGUCUCCACCAAGUGGGCAAUACCGGAACUUGGAAGACAGUCGCAGAAGACGACUUCGAACGAGAGUGAGGCAUCGUAGACCUCAGUAUAAUACAGCACGACCGAAUACCACGUGAUCUGAAUGUGCCAUAACAGAUACUUAACUUUUGUAAUUAUGUGUAUAAAAUAAUGUAUAGUUAUGCUCGCUGUUAACACGUCCUUGUGAAGGAUAACAAUUGUGUUCAAACACAGAUCCUAUUAGUCUGGUUCAUUUUCUACUUUAUUUGUAAGAGAUUAGGUUUUAUAUUUCUAAUUUAAACAAUGACUCGUAAAAAUUGUGAAUAGAUUUAUUUUUGUAAUCAGAUGUAUCACUAAGCUUUUGAGGAGUUAUGAUUAAGAUUUACGACUUUUUUACGUCGACGGUGCUAAUUUUUAGUAGUUAGGGCUUUGACAGAAAUGUGAUUCAUAAUAUGUGUGCCUUAUUAUUAUCAACACUGCCAAAUAAUUUUGUAGCGUAACAAAUAAAUUGGAUAAAAAAAUA